GGCUGGAGGCCCUCCAGGGAGAGCAAAGGGACAGAGUGGAAAUGAGAUGCCGCCACAGCUCCAGCAAGGACCUGCUCCCCAGACCUUGCCGACUCAAGGGUGGCACUCUCUCUUUGCUGUUGUUAUUGAGAAGUUGACUGUUUGCAAGUUGUUCCUUCAUUUGAAAGGAGAACCAGUCAACUUGAACAAUGAGACUAAACAUUGCCAUUUUCUUUGGGGCUCUCUUCGGAGCUUUGGGGGUUUUGCUGUUUUUGGUAGCUUUUGGCUCGGACUAUUGGCUUCUGGCGACCGAAGUGGGCCGGUGUUCAGGUGAACAGAAUAUAGAGAACAUCACUUUCCACCACGAAGGCUUUUUCUGGAGGUGCUGGUUCAAUGGCAUCGUGGAAGAGAACAGCUCCAACAUCUGGAAGUUCUGGUACACCAAUCAACCGCCGUCCAAGAACUGCACGCAUGCUUACCUUUCUCCAUACCCCUUCAUGAGGGGUGAACACAACUCCACCUCCUACGACUCUGCCAUUAUUUACCGUGGCUUCUGGGCGGUCCUGCUGCUCCUGGGCGUAGUGGCCGCCGUGACUGCGAGCUUUCUGAUCAUCUGUGCAGCCCCCUUUGCCAGUCACUUCCUUUACAAAGCUGGAGGCGGCUCCUACAUUGCUGCAGGUGUCCUCUUCUCCCUGGUGGUGGUGCUGUAUGUCAUCUGGGUCCAGGCGGUGGCUGACAUGGAAAGCUACAGAGCCAUGAAAAUGAAAGACUGUUGGGAGUUCUCGCCUUCCGUUUUGUAUGGCUGGUCUUUCUUUCUGGCCCCCGCUGGCAUAUUCUUUUCUCUGUUAGCUGGCUUACUCUUUCUAGUUGUUGGGCGGCAUAUCCAGGUCCAUCACUAACUCUCGCCACAACGGUUUCCAGGAGGGAUUUCAAAACACCGUUCUUCCUCUUUCCAUUCUGUGUUAGUGAUGGUAUCUGCGUAAAGCUAGCUGAGGUACAUUUAGAGUUGUUAAUUUCAUGAAUGAGUCAAUCGCUUUACUUGUGAUUGCCCCUCAUAAGCAGGUCCUUUCACUUCUCUAGAACCCAAAGCUCUCUGUGCUGGCAAGGAAUUAGUUCUCUAGGGAGCAGGCGGUGGGUCCAUCAGAUGGCUUAAAUGGAGUAAAUGCAGAGUGUGGAUGUGGUUACCCACAGCAAACCAAGCUUAAGUUCAGGGUCUCCUUGACAUGUACUUCUGCUAAUUUUUUAAUGAGGAGAAUGAUUAAGGAUGGAAAACAAAUUCCAGAUGACUCACUUGUUUCUUCUCCGCCUACAUGCCCACACACAGCCACAUGCUUGCCCACUGACCUCUUUGAGCAAAUGAUUCAUUUUAUAAAAAUAGGUAACAGUUGUUCUCACUAUCAGAACUCUGAACUCCUGAGCUCAAAUGGCCCACAACAAUAACACCAAAUGUGCUCUGUCUAAUUUAAUGCCAACUGCAUCACUUGAGAUUUUUCUUAAUUUUGCAUGUUUACAGAAACCCUAACACCAUUUGAAGCAGCAAACCCACAGGGCAACAAAGUGCACACAAUGCAGAGCACAACUGGGUAACGCCAAAGGGGGCUAACCCUGGAUUGUAAUAUGAUUUAAAAUUUGUAGAAGCCAAGAGCCUCAGCUUAGCACAUAAUUCUACUUGAUAUUUUAAAUUUCCCAUUUAAAACUGAAAUUGCUAAGAUGUUCAACAUAUUUAAAUUUAUUGAGAGAACGUGCCUUUAAUAUUGCGCGGCUAUAAA